AUGGCGGUUGAUCAACAAUUGCACGAAGAUGUCACAUUCAAUGUGCAUGACGUCUACAAGAACGACCACAUGUUCCAGUUGUUUCAUGUUUCCCUCGAGAGCAUCACUCACAGCAUUGGUCAAGUUAUGUCUCUGGUAAUGGACACCGGCUCGGCCAACCUAUGUGUAUUCGACACCACCUGCAGGUCAAUUAGCUGCAUAGGUGUUCCUGGUAGUGGUUUUACUAGGCGCAGAUUUAACACAAAGAGUUCGUCAACAUUCACUAGACAGCGCAAUUAUGUUGGUCUUCGAUAUGGAGCUGGCUCCUUCAGUGGACCCAUUGGAAGAGACGUCGUCUCAUUUGCCGGUAACAAUCUAGAUAUUUUGCAUCACCUGAAUGAAAUCAAAUGUAUGAAUAUAAUAAUAUUGGAACUUAGUGCAACGAUCGAAAAUCAAAGCUUUGUAAGUGUCACGGAAGCAGGCGGCGCCUUCUUCUACAUGCCCAUUGACGGGAUCCUCGGGCUUGCUAGGCCAGCGAUCACCGUAGGCGGGGUUACUUCACCCAUACAAAACAUACUCUCGAGCUUGGACGCAUCACUCUUCACCGUUUGGUUGGACAAGAAGCACUCUACGACAGUCAACACUGCCGGUCUGAUCACAUUCGGUGCUAUCGACGCCAUCAACUGCCAGUCACAAAUCAGUUACGUACCACUCUCUGAUGAAAAACACUGGCAGUUCGCUAUUGAAGGCUUUUCUAUUGGAAGCUUUUCGCAGACCAAACGCGAACAGGUAGUUUCCGACACCGGUACCUCGUGGAUUGGAGCACCAACCGAAAUCGUCGAAGCAGUAGUUAACCAAACCGGUGCACUCUACGACUCACUGAACAAGUUUUACACCAUCAGCUGUUCAACAAUGAAGACCCAGCCCGACUUAUCGUUCACUAUCAACUGUGUAAAAUACAAUAUACCACCAGAGGAAUACGUUCUAGAUAUUGGUAUUGGAGGCGGACAAUGCGUCCUUGCCUUCUUCAUGAUUCCAUCCGGAACUAUGACCAUGGACUGGAUUCUGGGCGAGGCUUGGAUUCGUACCUAUUGCAACAUCUACGAUUUUGGACAGAACCGUAUCGGUUUCGCUAAGGCCAUUCAUUCGGAAAUCUGA